AUGGAUCAGAAAAAGAUUGAGGCGGUCACAUCAUGGCCUCAGCCCAAGACAGUCAAACAGCACGGUCGCGCGUCCCCUCCACAACCUCACCAAGAAGGAAACCCCUGGUCAUGGGGUAAAUUGGAAGAAGACGUGUUUCAGGAAUUAAAAGCCCUCGUCACCAGAUCCCCGGUCCUCAUUCACUCCAACCCCAAACUACCCUAUUACCUUGAAACAGACGCAUCAGGAGUAGCCAUGGGGGCCAUACUGAGCCAACGAGGGGAGGAUAACCGACUUCAUCCAAUUGCAUACAUGUCCAAGUCCUUCUCGGGUGCUGAAGCUAACUAUGAUACGCAUGACAAAGAACUACUAGCUAUCAUUAAGGCAUUAGAGGAAUGGCGAAUCUUCCUAGAGGCAACGGACAAACCAAUCCAGGUCUUCACAGAUCAUAGAAACCUGGAGUAUUGGAUGCAGGCACGGACUUUUAACAGAAGGCACGCGCAAUGGCGAAUCUUCCUGAGCGACUUCAACUUCGAGAUCCACUAUCGUCCAGGGAAACAAUCAGGAAAACCGGAUGCUCUCUCCAGAAGAUCGGAUUACAGUGAUAUGACACCAGAGCCAGAAGUCAUGUUGCCUGCAGAAGUCUUUGCCAACACGUCAGAAGAGGAACUGGAAAUUGUCACAGAGAUCCGCGCCAAGCUUAGGGAAGACCCAUCCCUUGAUCCCAUUAUCCAAUUCCUCACAGAAGAUGCGGACAACGCUCCACCUUCAAUUCGUAAGGCAUACAAAGAUUAUGACUGGGAAGAAGACCUCCUCUGGUACCGCGGUAAACUAGUUGUCCCAGACUCGGAAACCCUGAAGGAACGACUACUCAAGGAAUUCCACAACUCACCCCUGGCAGGGCACCCUGGACAGCAAAGAACCCUGGAGCUCCUAAGCCGCAACUACUGGUGGCCGGGUAUGAAGUCAUCCGCCAAGGAAUGGGUAGAAUGUUGUCCUACCUGCCAAGCCAAUCGCCGCGCUCACGCCCCUGUCAUUGCCCUGAAACCCUUAGAAGUUCCCCCCUUCCCGUUCCACACAAUUUCCUACGACUUCAUCACAGGAUUUCCCAAGUCUAACGGGCACGACGCAAUCUUGGUAGUAAUCAACUCCUUCUCCAAGUUUGGACAUUUUAUCCCAACUUCCAAAAAGGUCACCGCAAAGGGUCUUGCUGACUUGUUCAUCACUCACGUCUGGAAACUCCAUGGAUUGCCUGUCAAAACCAUCUCAGAUUGGGGAACUACCUUCACAGGAAAAUUCUUGAGGGCAUUAUAUCAGCGACUUGGGGUCAGACCAGCAUUCUCCUCGGCUUACCACCCAGAAUCAGACGGACAAACGGAAAGGGUCAACCAGUUUAUCGAGUUCUACUUGCGCUCAUACGUGGCAGCCAACCAUUCUGAUUGGGCCGCGUGGCUACCAUUGGCAGAAUACGCAUACAAUAAUGCCAAACAUGCAGCAACCGGGAAAUCACCAUUUGAGCUUGUCUAUGGACAAAACCCAGUCAUGAACCCGUCCAAUGUACCAGCCAACGUUCCAGAAGCAGACGCGGUAGCAGAUACACUAGCCCGAGAGUGGAAAGAAGCGGAAUCAGCCCUCCGAAUGAGUAAAGAACGUAUGACCAGGAGUCAAGGAGUAAUACCAGAGUUUUCAAUAGGCAAAAAAGUCUGGUUGGAUGGAAAGAACGUGGACCUUAGAACCAAUUCAAAUAAGCUGGACCCAAAACGCCUUGGUCCCUUCAAGGUCACAGAAAAAAUCUCCAGCCACGCCUACCGCCUGGAACUACCAGAAACUCUAAAAAUCCAUGACGUGUUCUAUGUUGGGCUACUAUCAAAAAGCCACAAGUCACCCAGUCAGCCAUUUCCAGAACGACCUCCCCCUGAGACAAUAGAAGGGGAAGAAGAAUACAAAGUCGAACAAAUCAUUGACUCUAAACGCCAACGGGGAAAAUGGUUCUAUUUGAUAAAAUGGAAAGGAUACGGUCCGGAGGACAAUUCAUGGGAACCGGAGGAGCUAUUGGAACAUAGCCAAGAAGAGAUCAAGCGCUUCAACCAAGCAAGACUCAGAAAGGCUUGUGACGCCGCCAAAAGCCUUUAA